AUGGAUGCAUUGAGCUAUAAAAUACAACAUGACCAGUACUAUAAUGAUGUUGUCAUAGACUUUGAUGCUGUCAACCUGCUUCCUAAUACUACAAUAGAUAUAUCAAAUAUGCUACGCUCUUUAGAAGAACAUACUGAUGUAACAGGUAUUCCACCAACAAAAGACCUUCUGGACAAUUGCAAUGAAUAUGAUGCAAAUAUGUCAUCGUCUUUUAUUCCAAAACUACCUGCUCCACCCCGCGAACUAGAUACGGUUAAGAGAACCUUGCAAUUAGAUGCUAAUACUAAUAAUAAUAUGCCUUGGCCUGAAAUAAACUUGUCUCCGAUAAAUGAAUAUAAUACAAUAGGCUUGUUAAGCAUGGCAUUCCCAACCCUUUUCCCAUCUGGAGUUGCACUUCCACUACAGCCACGUAUCAAGCAUGUUCAUUUACAUGAAUAUGCUCUCCACUUACUUAGAUAUGCUGAUCAAAGAUUUGGGCAGCAUGUUAGAUUUCGGUAUUAUAUUUACAAUCUAAUUAUGAGACAUCGUUCGCAACAAUCUGCAGCUAUCUUCAUUAGAACUAAUUUGGGAGAGUCUAUCCCAACCACCAUCGAAGCACUCCAUGGACGAUUGCAAAACACUCCUGAUGACCAGCUGCCUAAUCAAUUGUUGCGUUUUGGUGCAACACUUCGAGGCACCCGUGCAUAUUGGCCUGAUACCAAAUGGCCUGAUUUGCAUAGGCUUUUCUCUGAAAAUGAUGGCCAAACCACACAGUUUACAAGAAAACAACUUACAGACCAUGUGAUCUACAAUCCACAUAUAACAGCAUUAUACCUUCACAACAGAUUUACAAUAUUUCGUGAAGAAGUUAUUCAAAAGUUGUUCCAAGCAAAGGAUCAUUGGUAUAGGUAUGAAUGGCAACAUCGAGGCUCAGGCCAUAUUCAUGGCUUCUUAUGGCUCCCUGGAGCACCAAAUAUGGAGACCAUUAAUUGGACAGAUGAUAAUGAGGUGCAGAUGGCAAAAACUUUCUUCGACCAAUACGUUUCUUCUUGGAAUCCUCGCAUUGCAGCAGACCGCAUGAAUGCAAUGCACUACACUGCAAUGGAUGACCCUUGCCUAGCUGAUACAAAAAAAAUCUUCACCAUGGAUGCUGCAUUGGAUUAUGAAGCAUUGCUUAAUACUUUACAGAGACACACAAAAUGUACAGAACAUACAUGCCUCAAGAAAAAAGGUCCCACAUUUGAAUGUCGUUACAAAGCUCCAUGGGUUCAACAAGACAUGUCUACAUUGACAGUUGAUAAUGACAACAACCCAUGCUAUAAACCUGCAAGGAAUGAUGAUCGUUUGAAUAUUCAUAAUCCUUGGAUGCUUUCACUAUGGAGAGCUAAUAUUGAUUGUCAACCAGUCACUUCAAAAAAAGCUGUCCUCCAAUACAUUUCAAAGUAUGCUUCAAAAUCAGAAAACAAAUCGCAAUCCUAUAUUGAAAUACUGAAAACAAUACUAAAUACAAGUAAAUCUGAAGAUAGCAUUUUAUUAACAUAUCAGAAAUUUAUGAUGGGCAUAGUAGUAGACCGUGAUAUCAGUGCACAAGAAACUUGCCAUAUGUUACAGAAAUUGCCUCUUCUAAGUUGUAGCCGACAAUUUGUCUCUCUAAAUGUUGGCAGAAAAAUACUGCACUGUGUCAUAAAAUCAGAUAAUGGAGCUGACCUUUCCACAACUUAUAUCCAUUCUUAUAUGCAGCGCCCUUUUGAAUUAAAUGCAACAAAUUUGCUACAAUCAGCACAAGGGUUUUCAUAUAAUUCUCAACGCAAAAAAACAAAAUGGCACAUCAGGGAUAAAAAAGCAAUUGUGACUGUAUAUCCUCAGUUUACAGAGCCUCCAAAUGAAGAUACCAAUCAGUUUGAGUUUUUUUGUUUGUCUGAAUUGCUGCUAUACAAACCAUUCCGUGACAUCCCAACUGAAAUAGGAGCUUCAAAGGAACAAAUUAUAAAAAAUUGGAAAAACUUUAAAAAGACAAAUUACAACCAUUUGGGAAAUCAACAGAUUAUAGAUGAUUGCAGCCUUCCAAAUGAAGAUGACAGUGACAAUAAUGGUUCCCAACAUCAAGAUGAUACAAAUCUGUACGAGUGGGAGCAGCUCUCACAAAUGGGAGCUACAAAUAACUUUGUCCAGAAUGAUUUGCAAAUGCUAGGCCGUCGUGAUUACGAUAUUAGCCACUUUUGGGGAGCAACUGUUGUGGUUGAUCAACUAGACUCCACUGCCCUUCAGUUCAUAGCUACAAACAAGCUAAAAUCCCAACACACUAGCAUGCAAAUCUCCAGCCAAGACACAAAAAAAAAACAGCUAUCGCCUCAGCAAAAAGUUGCGCUCAACAUUAUUCUACAACAUCAUAAUAAUCAAUCUGCAACAACACCUUUACGAAUGAUUGUUCAAGGCACUACUGGCACUGGUAAAUCAUUUUUAAUAGAUUGUAUUAGAAAAGAAUUAAACAUAUCUCCACCUAUGACGGCAAACCCAUUGCUUGUUUUAGCACCAACAGGAGUUGUUGCAUUUAAUAUACAAGCGACAACAAUCCAGGCAGGGUUGCGCAUACCUAUAAGAGAAAUGCAUCCUUUGACAGGGCAGUCAUUAAUGACAUUGCAAGAGCAAUUGAAACAUAUCAAAUAUAUUCUGAUAGACGAAAUGAGCUUUUUGGGCCCAAAACUACUACUUAAGAUAGAUAACCGUUUAUGCCAAGCAUUCCCUAACAAACAACAUGACAACUUUGGUGGCGUGUCCAUGAUUCUUGUUGGUGAUCUUGCUCAGCUUCCCCCUGUAAUGGAUAAACCUAUAUAUGCUUCGCACUCUAGAGCCCUCAGUUUAUGGCAUUCUUUUACUAUUGUCAUAACAUUGGACACUAUUUUCCGCCAGCAAGGUGCAUCUAUAAGACAACAACAAUUCAGAGCACUUCUUCACAACUUAAGAAACGCUCAAGCACUCCAACAUGAUUGGCAGUUUCUGAUGUGCCAGACAAAUGCAACAUUAACUAUUCAACAAAAGAAAGAUUUCGACUCUUCGAUCCACCUAUUUGCAACAAAUGAAUCUGCACGCUUGCAUAACAGGAAAAUGCUCAAAGAAUUAAAUUUGCCUGUCGCUCUAAGUUUAGCUAAAAUUGCUAAGCAAACAAAUACUAAAUAUGACACCAAUGAACAGCUACCAUUGGAAGUAUUACUUUCUAUUGAUCAGCAAGUGAUGUUAAUAGCUAACUUGUGGAUCAAAGUUGGCCUUGUUAAUGGCGCUAUUGGUCUCAUAAAACAAAUUGUAUAUGAAAACAAUGCAAAACCACCAGACUUGCCAAAAUAUGUGGUUGUCCAAUUCAACGAUUAUAAUGGACCUCCAUGGGAUAUAGCACAUCCAAAAGACAUACCCAUUUUGCCAAUAACGCGAGGCAGGCGUACGGAAGUGCCUUUAACAAUGUCUUGGGCCAUCACUAUUCACAAAUCCCAAGGUCUUACAUUAGACAGAGCUACCAUUGACAUAGGUAAUACUGAAAAGCAAGGGCUCACAUUCACAGCUAUUUCAAGAGUGAAGACAAUUGAUGGAAUACGGAUCGAACCACCAUUCUCUUUUGAAAGGUUUUCCAAACUGCAAAAUAAUGCUUAUACAACCAUUAGAAAGAAAGAAGAAACUCGUUUGCAGCUGCUCUCUGCGCAAACAAAUAUCUAUUCACCUUAA